AUGGAACGAGGAAGAGUCACCAGCACUUAUGAUAGCUUAUGGGGCGUCUCAGCUCGGGAAAAUUCUGUUGUGUCCCAAUUACCUCUUCAAUAUAGAAUCAAAAAUGCACUAACUCAGGAACAACAGACUGCAUAUCAAGUGAUGUAUAGAAUACAAGAAAUCAGCAUGAAGUUAAGGACUAAUGACUUAAAUCCUCCUAAUAGUAGGAGCAGAUCGUUAUCUCCUCCUCCAGUUUAUGAUUCUCAAGGGAAAAGGACUAAUACGCGAGAGCAUCGCUAUAGAAAGAAGUUGGAAGAAGAAAGACAUAGACUUGUCGAGAUUGCAUUAAAGAUGAUACCACAUUUUGUUGCACCUGAUGAUUACAGGCGUCCAAGUAAAUUUCAAGAUAAGUACUACAUUCCAAUUAAUGAUUACCCAGAUAUUAAUUUUGUUGGUUUGCUGCUUGGUCCCCGUGGUAACACUCUUAAGCAACUGCAAAAACAAUCUGGAUGUAAAAUAGCUAUAAGAGGGCGUGGCUCAGUUAAGGAAGGAAAAACUGCUACCGACUUACCCAAAGGUGCUAUGAAUAUGAAUGAACCAUUACACUGUAUAAUAUCUGCUGACACAGAAGAAAAACUACCACUUGGUAUAAAUGCUGUUGAAGGUAUCAUAAUUAAAGCUAUUACUUCACCUGAGGGUCAAAAUGAUCUGAAACGCGGUCAGCUACGAGAGUUGGCUGUUUUAAAUGGUACUUUAAGAGAAGAUAAUCGACCUUGUCCAAUAUGUGGACAACAAGGUCACAAGCGAUGGGAAUGUCCAUCUAGCCCAUCACUAUCACUUUCUGUAAUAUGUUCUAGAUGUAAUCAAGCAGGACAUGCUGCAAGAGAUUGUGAAACUAACUCUAAUGAGUUUGGAAAGCGUCCUAAUGAUGUACCUAACCACCGAGAGGUGAAAAGACAGCACGGAAACAAUCCAAUACAUGCACCAGGUACCAUUCCUUCACCUCCGGCUCCUAGUAUUUUAUUUUCUUCAAUUAAUUUGCAUCCUGAAAACAGUAUCUCAAACACAUCAGGGUCCAAUGAAUUGUCAAUCCCGGGAUUUCCAACAACGCAUUUAUCUAUGCCACCUCCGCCUCCGCCUCCUCCACCACCAUCUGCAACUAAUAUACCACCUGCACCACCUAACUUACCAAAUUUAUGUAUGCGGACAGAACUAGCUGCUCCACCUGCCCCACCAGUACUUAAUGUACCACCCAAGCCGCCACUUGCUCCACCUCCCCCCCCCAAAUAG